AUGGAGAACUUUCAAACCACCUUCAACACCAACACCACAUCAACAAAUGAAGCCUUGAAGAGUUUGGGUUCUCUCUUCAAAACUGAGAAGACGAAGCUGCAAGAGAUUCGCACUGGUCUGCAAACUGACCAUGAAUCAUUUCAAGCCACUAUCUCAUCUCAGAUUACUCAGCUUAAAGACGAACUGGUUAAGGAGAGUAACCUCAAGGACUCUCUCGCACUCAAGUCAGAAGAAGCAAAGGUGUUAAGUACCAAACUGGAAGCUUCGGAGAAGCAGGUCAAUGAUCUGUUAUCUGAGAGGGCAGUCAUGCGAAGUUGUAUAACUGAUGUUACUGGCAUGCUCUCGGAUAUCAUUGAGACCAGGGACUCCAUGAUCACCAUCACAAUGCGUAAGCAUCUGGCAGAAUAG